CCUAACAAUGCUUAAGUCUUUGCACGCACAAUCGUCAUUGAUGAACAUUAAGUUAUAAUUUUAUCUCCAUAUUUAACCUGUAAAAAUGAUUGUAAAACAAGUCGGCCAGUCGAUUGGAUUAACAAGGUAAAAUUGCUCAAUAACCUACAGCAUUAAAUUUGGGGCAGAGCGUAGGAUAAAACGUUUUGUUUAUGUUUUGUCCAUGUUAUUUUCCUUAUUUUAUCCAUGUUUUAUCCAUGUUUUGACCAUGAUUUGCCUAUGUUUUGUUCAUGUUUUAAACGCGAAGAUCAAUCGAGGUUGACUUAGGUUUAUUAUACAAUCCACCUUAGGUUAUACAGGUCCACCAUUACCUCUCGGUUUAUAUUUUACGAGAAACAAACAUCAUUACAAAGUCUAUGCUCGAAGGGUUUUUAUGAGUUUUUGAAAUUCGGUAAUCAACCUCGUGGACUCUUUUGACGUAUACUGCAACGAUUAGUUUUAAUUACAGGUAUCCUGAGGGCGAAGCAUGUUGACAACAAAACCUUUAUAUACAACACUUAACUGUUUGACCAGUGUCCAUACGGUUCUUGCAGAAACCGUAGCUUAAACUGCAGCACUCGAGGUUUUACUCAUUUAAGACAAUGAGUUUAGUCAUUUUUGCGUGGAUGCUGGUAAUGCAGAUUGCUGUUUGUUCCGCUCUUACACUGCCCGAAUUUACUCAUCUUGCCGCUUUAUCAACUCAAUCAAACAGUCCUUUCAGAAUCUUGGGUAUUGCCGGGUUAAACACCUAUACAAUUUCUAUCUCUGGUUUUCCAAGACAUCCAACAGGCGAAUGUUACAAUAUAUCGUAUAUAUGCUGCAGGAGAAAUGCCAGGCCAAUGCAUUCACCCCCGAAUAUUAACUAUCCCCAAGUCCCCAGUUGCUGCUAGCGAUGAAGUAUCGUAUUGUGCUCCUCAGGGUAUAGUUGGUGUGACAAUUGGAGGCACAGCAAUCUACAACCAUUUAGAAGCCGAUUGCGUUGACGUUAACUCCAUGCCAUCUGGAAGUUUUGAUUUGUGUAAUGGUCAUCCAAGCCCCAACGGAGAAUACCAUUUCCAUAGGGCACCAGACCCUGCAUGCUUCGAUGUACCUAACGACAAUCAAGAGCAUAUAAUCGGUGUCGCGAUGGAUGGAUUUCCAAUUUAUAACACUGACAUGUACAAUGGCGUGAAGCAAACCUUGGACGACUGUGGGGGCUUCAAGCCCGAUGGCGAUGCUACGAAAUACCGGUAUGUGUCUUUGUUUCAUGAAACUUCUGGUACAGACUACGUCAUAAACUGCUUCAAGGGGAUACCUAUUAACUCAAGGUGUUGCAAGUGCCUUGAGUGUGGACUGCAACAACACCCGCACUGUCAAGAGGUAGGACAUGGAAGCCAAGGUGGUCAAGGUCCGCAAGGUCCCAGUGGUCCGCAAGGUCCCGGGGGUCCCGGUGGCCCGCGUGGCCCAGGAGGUCCCGGUCGCCCGCGUGUCCCGCGUGGCCCAGGAGGUCCCGGUGGGAGUUCCGGGACUCUAUCUGGUCUUUGUGGUCUACCAGACACAACCGUGCAAACGAUCGCUUGUGAUAAAUGCGACAAAUGCGUGCCUCGUGGAGGGUACACAUCCGUUCAAACUGCUAGAAGCCAGGCAUCUUGCAAGAAAAGAUGUAAACGACAAGGCGUAGUCACCCAACUACCUGAAUUUCGAAGGAUCAUGUGUCGCCUGUAUAACAGAUGCGACUAGACUGAAGGAAGGCUCAUCAUGCAAGACAUAAACAAUAAUGGAUUUUUAUUUUAAAUGUGUAUUUUACGUGCUUUUGGCUGAAAAGUGUACAAUAAACCGUGGUAUGCGGAAUGUAAUUCCGUACUUUUACAAAAAUACAGCUGUUUUCUACCACAUUCUAUACACCGUAUUCAGGUUGAAAUAUUGAUUGUCGUUAUCGUAUUCGGAGACACAAAUACAUUUUCCCUACAUGUUAUAUACAUAGUAGCAAUUA